UUAAUUGUUUCCAAUUACGAACCGCCAAAGCGGGGUGUUCCAUAUAUAAGGGGGCGUACUGUGGCAAAUCGACAUUCCGACUUGGAAGGUGGUUGCAUUCGCACGCUUAGGCGAAAAUUUCUAGGCGAGUACUGGCUGACCAGCAGCGCCUACGUUAGUUCGUUUGAGAUCUCUGAAACUUAGAUUUACAUACAUUAAUCAUGCAGUCUAUGAUUAUCCUCGCAGCCACCCUCUGCCUGGCGCAAGCUUCGUUCUACGCGGGCCCGCCAGCGCCCAUCCAACUUAGUCCCGACGGCAAGUACGUGUUGGACACGCCCGAGGUCGCGCACGCUAAGGCCGCUCACGCCGCUGCGCACGCGCAAGCGUCCACCUCUCACGGCGCGUGGGCUCCCGCUGGCGGAUACAUCGCCGGCCCCGCAUACGGCGCAGGUGGUCAUUACGGUGCUCCCGCCGCUGGUCUCAUCAAAUACGGCCCCGCGCCUCUGGCUCAUGACGGUCGCGUAGUAGACACCCCUGAGGUCGCCCACCUGAAGGCCGCCCACCUCGCCGCGCACCACGCCGCGCACGCCAACGCCGCUCACGGCGCGUACGCCGGCAUCGGCCACGGCGCCGCGCUCGCCCCUCUCGCGUACGGCGGCGGUCUCGGACACGGAGCCGGCUAUGCUGCUGGUUACGGAAAAUGGACUGGUCCCCAGGCCCACAUCCAGCUGACCCACGACGGCCAAUACGUAGUGGACACCCCCGAGGUGCAACACGCGCGCGCCGUCCACCUCUCGCAGUACGCUCACGCCGCGCACGCCGCCGCCGCCGCGCCCGAAGAGCCCUGGGGCCACCACGGCGGCUGGCACUAACUCCUACCUCUGACCUAAGCUCCACACUGCCUGACGCACUAUUUUUAUACAAAACGACCAGAAAAACCAAAAAAAAGUAAACUGUAUAAAGUUGAAUGAGAAAUGUGUAUAAUGCAAACUGUAGAACGAACUUGAAAAUGUAUUAAUAAAAAAAUCUAAUAAUUUUA